UUUACAGCAGAUGCAGCUCAAUUAUUAGAAAUGUAUUCACAAAAAGGCGUUUUGUCAAUACAAGAGGAUUACAUGAAGUACAUGAAUGAAUUAAAAGCAUACCCCAAAAAGGAGGUUCCAAAACUGUGGCCAUUUCAUGAACAAGAGCUUGAUAGUAUACAAAAACAACUCUGUAGAGGAGUAAACAGAAAGUCAAACAAAGAACGUUCAAGUUUAAGUUGUUAUAUGGUUAAGACCAAUAUUCCGUACUUCAAAUCAAAGACAGAGGAGGUGAAUCUGGAUCCUAAAAUUUUGAUAUUCCAUGAUGUUAUUACUGAAAAUGAAAUAGCGUAUUUUAAAGAAGAAAGUUAUAAAGUGUUUUAUCGGUCUGGACUGCAAAAUUACGGCACAGAAGAAGACGCUAACGAUGACAUCCGUCUGAGCUACACAGGUUGGGUUUAUGACAAAAAUGCAAUUUCAAGAAGAGUUUCCGAAAGGAUUGAGUUAAUAACUAAGUUGGAUACUACGGAAAGAAAUGUGUUAAGUAGUUCUGAAUCUUACCAGGUAGCAAACUAUGGAAUUGGUGGAUACUUUAAUCCUCAUCUCGACAAUUUACAUAAUCCUAUAUGGCGGCAGCCAGUACAGUCUGAUGCUAACUUCGUCAAAGGAUCUGGAGAUAGAAUCGCUACAUGGAUGUUCUAUGUAAAGUAUUCAUAUUCAUUACCAAUUACAAAGAUAGAAAGUAAGAGAUGUAAAGUUUAA